AUGUCUCGGAUUGAGCUGGCCAAAAUACCGGCUCUGACCUUUUACAAGGAUUCACUAACGGAAGCUAGACGAACAAGAUGCGAAUCGCUGGGAGGGUCGGGUACAGAGGUGGACUGGAAAUGUCAGGCAGACUUGCCCGACUCAUUGCGGUUUGGGCGUGUUGAGGUUUCCUGUGAAGGCUGGGCGAGGCCUGGCGAUGCAUAUGUUCUCAAAGGGUCCUGCGCUCUGGAAUAUCGACUUGUCCAAGUACCAGGCACCCUUCGAAACAGCGAUUCAGACAAUGCAUAUGGAGUCAAGGAAGACGGCUGGCUGACAACGACUGUGUUUAUGGUUAUUUGGUUUGCGGUCCUCGCAAUUAUUGUCUACUCCUUUGUCAAAUCCUGCAUGAAUGGCGGGACAGGAAACAGGGUUGGCGGUGGGCCUCGUCCGGGCCCACGGCCCGGUUAUGGUGGCUUCUUCCCUGGGGGCUUCAACGACAAUGACGCUGCUCCUCCACCGCCCUACUCCAAAACCAACCCUGACGCAACCCCAAACCAAAAUCAAGGCUGGCGACCUGGCUUUUGGACUGGCGCAGCCAUAGGAGGUCUUGGGGCUCACCUCUUCAACAACCGCCAGAAUAACCGCGCUUAUGACUGGGAACGAGAGCGCAUGCAUCCGAAUGCAAAUCGUUUCCAAUUCCAAUCACGACGGAGCGGGCCUCGGUACUCGUCAGAUGACCGUGGCGAAGGCUCGUCAAAUUUGGGUGCUAUGAGGCAGAGUACUGGGUUUGGUGGCUCCAAUGGCCAAGGAUGGGGAGGUGACACAGUUUGCGCCUCGGGAUCGGUUUGCACUGUGUUGAACCCUUACUACAGCCAGUGUUUGGCCGGCUCUGGCAGCGGGACAACAACUACGUCAGGUCCCACGACUACUUCGUCAGCACCGUCUUCCGGUGGGACAUCCUGCUCCAACAGGACAAAGUUCAAAUACUUUGGUGUCAACCAAUCUGGCGCUGAGUUUGGCCAGAACACCAUUCCUGGAACCUGGGGCAAGGACUUUACGUUCCCCGCCCCCAGCUCAAUCGACUAUUUCGUCGGAAAGGGUUUCAAUUUCUUCCGUGUCCCAUUCCUUAUGGAGCGUAUGGUCUCUCCAUCCACCGGAAUUACUGGACCGCUGGUCUCUUCCUACCUGGCCAACUAUACUUCCAUCAUCAACUACAUCACCAACACCAAGGGUGCAUAUGCUGCUAUUGACCCCCACAACUUCAUGUCUUUCAACGGAGCUCAAAUCACUAACACCGCUUCGUUCCAAACUUUCUGGACCAACCUUGCUGGACAAUUCAAAUCCAACUCCCGCGUCAUUUUCGACGUUAUGAACGAGCCUAACGGCAUUGCUGCCUCCACCGUUUUUGCUUUGAACCAAGCUGCUGUCAAUGGCAUCCGUGCCAUCAGCACACUCACCUUCACACAGGAACUUCUUGGACUGGUGCAUGGAGUGAGUGAUACCAUCCUGUUCAUUAGAUGCUCAGACUUACGCACCUUCUCAGCUUGGCAAAGCAGUGGAAACGCCGAUGCUUUUGCUGCUGGUAUCAAAGAUCCCAACAACAACUGGGCCAUCCAGAUGCACCAAUACCUCGACAGCGAUGGUAGCGGUACCAACGCAGUUUGUGUCAACAGCACCAUUGGCGCGAGCCGUAUUGCUGACGCGACAAACUGGCUCAAAUCCCACAACUUCAAGGGCUUCCUGGGUGAAAUCGGGGCUGGCAGCGACUCAACUUGUAUCACGGCCGUCCAAGGAGCAAUGUGUGCGAUGCAACAGUCUGGUGCAUGGAUUGGCGCUAGCUGGUGGGCUGCUGGGCCAUGGUGGGGCAACUACUUCACCUCGAUCGAACCUCCAAGCGGCUUGUCGAUCGCCCAAAUUCUCCCACAGGCUCUCAUGCCUUUCCUGUAG